AUGUCCAAGUACAACCGCGCUACGGAAGGCUUAACUAUCGUUGGGGACUUUACCGACCAGGUAAAGGGAAGGACCUUUCUAAUUACCGGACCCAGCGAGGGAGGCAUUGGUGCCGAGACGGCCAUCUCGCUCGCUCAUGGGUCUCCUGCCACGCUCAUACUUCUCGGACGCUCACCUGCGAAGGCUGAGUCUACUAUCGAGGCCAUCAGGCGCGUCGACCCGCAGGUCCUCGUCAAGUUCGUCCAAGUAGAUCUGGCUUCCCUGAAGAGUGUGCGGGAGGCGGCGCAAGCAAUUCUGCAAGACCCGGCAAUCCCCAAGAUCAAUGUGGUCAUCAACAACGCCGGGGUGAUGGGAUGCCCUUACCGAACGACGGAGGAUGGUUUGGAGUUUCAGCUGGCGGCAAACCACCUCGGGCACUUCGUGCUCACCAACACAAUUAUGCCCAAGGUCAAAGCCGCUGGAACUGGGUCGCGCAUUGUCUUCGUGAGCAGCUCAUCGCACAGAUACAAUCCAUUCCGCUUCCGUGACCCCAACUUCGCAGCCCCGGGAUCGUACGACGAAGCUGCGGCGUACGGGUCCUCCAAGGUGGCAAUGAUGCUGUACGCAGUAGGUUUGAAGAAGCGGCUGGCUCCGUACGGCAUUCACGUGUACACGUUGCACCCAGGAAGCAUUAGCACGGGGUUGCAGGUGCAUGCGAAAUCCAUGGGGCUCGCAGCAAUGGAAAUUUGGGACGAGGCUUCCUGGCGAUGCUUCGGUAUGUCGAUUGCCGCCUACAGGGCUCUCGGAACGGCCAAGACGGUACAGCAAGGGUGCUCGACGACUCUACGCGCGGCGCUCGACCCAGAUCUCGUAAACGAGGAGGGCAUCUACUUGGAGGAUGCGAACCUAACAACAGACAACAGGGCCGUUAAAGAGUGGGCCACAGACCCGGAACUUGCGGAAAGAUGCUGGCAGACGAGCGAGGAGCUGGUUUCUGAGAAGUUCUCUAUUUAA